GUCAACGACAACGGCGUUUUUCUAGCAAGAGACCAGAUAUCACGAACAAGCAAAUAUGUCCGCUCAACAGUCUGUCGGGAUUCAAACACUACUUGAUGCCGAACGAGAGGCGCAGAAGAUAGUCCAAAAAGCCAGAGAGUACCGAACAAAGCGGGUCAAGGAUGCACGAAGUGAAGCACAGAAGGAGAUAGAUGAAUACAAGAACCAGAAGGAAGAAGAGUUCAAGAAGUUCGAGAAGGAGCACUCAAGCGGAAACGAGAAGGCUGAGGAGGAUGCUAAAAAGGACACCGAUGGCAAAGUGAAAGAGAUCGAGGCGAUUGGCAAAAAGAGCGGAGGGAGCGUCGUUGACCAGCUACUAAAAUGCGUGACGGAACCACAACCUGAAGCCCCUGCUUCAUGAUUGCUCAUGACCAGAGACAUAUCAGGUUCGCUCUUCAUCAAAGAAUAGACUCGUUUACUUCGGAAUAGCUACCACAGUUGAUAUUGCAUCUCUUACUCUGAGGAUCACUCACUGCGAUGUAAAGCUUGUCACCCAGACCUCACUUUGUACUCAAGUUGUCGUCAGCAUUCCUAUCUCACUCAGUCGCUCCCCAGGUGUACAAUAUAGAACUGGACUUUACGGCAUUUGAACCAUUACCCACACAAUGAAUGGCCUUCUGGUGACAGGAGGCAAAAAUAAGGCUACUUGGUGUACAUCUCUGUACACCCAGGUAUAAAUGAGAACGAGCCGCCUCUUCCCGCCACUCAUGUGGCUCAAGUGCCUGCGAGAAGUAGAGAUUCUUCGGGCCAAGGUAACGGUCCAGGCGGCGGGUAAAUUUUAGGGGGGCCCUACUCUUAGCCGCGCGCUAUUACGUAACUCUAUAUAAGAUAGCUACUAGAA